AGUGAAGGGAGAGAAGGAAAAUAAGGUCCAUCAAAAAUCGUUCGUGACAGUGCGCGAGCGAAAAGAACCAAGUCGGUCGGAUUUCGAGGUUUUGCGUGAAAAUUUCUGACCAAAUUUGCCCCCAAAGGUUUCGAGAGCUAUUUCCGGGGCCUUCCGUGUGCUUCGUUUGCCCGCUUCUUCCCGUUAUGUAAUACCCUGUUGAAGAGUUUGUUUUGAUUUGAGCCUUCGAAAGAUCGCGGAACGGUUUUUUAUUUUUCUUGGGAGGAUUUUCGCAAGAGGAAAGAGGAAUCGGAUCUUAUCCUCCUCCUCCCCCUCCGAUGGAAGUUACGGCAGAGGAAACGGCAGUGGCAGUGGUGGCAACAGAAAAUGGGUUGGAAUCGACGGCGACCAGCGGCAGCAAAAAGAAGAAGGCGAAAAAGAGAAACAAGUCUAAAAAUAUCGGCACAAAUCUGAGUCCGGAGCAGCAGCCAAAUUCAGCCGAAAUUGAUGUAAAUAGGACUAGCACUAGUGGGAAGCGGCUGCAGAAUGGUCUUCUGGAGGAGGACGCGACGACGACGCACGAAAAUUCAGUAGAUAAAGUUAGUGAAAAGCUGGACCAAGCACUGCAAUUGAAUAGUAAUAAGACCAAGAACGGGCUGACCAACGGGACCGUGUCCGGUUGCGAGGAGCACCAUCCGGAGGACGGCACGACCACCUCGAACGGUGCCGUGAGCAAGAAACGGCACCGGAACAAGCAUAAAUCCAAAUCCCAACCGCCGGUGGCCGACGUCGCCGUCAGUGGGAACUGCCAAGAAUCGUCGCUGCCCCCCGUCGUCGCUGUCCAGCACUGCCCGGCCAAACCGGUUGCGGAGCCCGUGCCGCCAGUCCCCGAGGAACCGCCCAAGCCCGCCAUCGAUUAUCGGGAGUACGAGUCGGAGCUGCAAAUGCCCAGCAUCAUGGCGCUGAUCCAGAAGGACCUGUCCGAACCAUACUCGAUCUACACCUAUCGGUACUUUAUCCACAACUGGCCCCGGCUGUGCUUUCUGGCGCUGCACGAGGGCCGCUGCGUCGGGGCGAUUGUCUGCAAGCUGGACAUUCACCGCCAGAAUAUCCGCCGGGGCUACAUUGCGAUGCUGGCCGUCGACAAGGACUACCGAAAGCUCAAGAUCGGGACGACGUUGGUGCAGAAGGCGAUUCAGGCCAUGCUCGAGGACGACGCCGACGAGGUCGUGCUGGAGACGGAAAUCACGAACCGACCCGCCCUGCGGCUGUACGAGAACCUGGGCUUCGUGCGGGACAAGCGGCUCUUCCACUACUAUCUGAACGGGGUGGACGCGCUGCGGCUCAAGCUCUGGUUCCGAUGAAUGCGGUCAACAGUGAGGCCACUUCUUGUACUACUCGUAACCCGUAUCAACAACUCAAUGUACUGCUGCUAGUUUAAACCGCGUGUGGUUCCAGGAUUCUUCGGAACGCAAAAGGGCAAUUUCAUGAUAGAGUCGUGACGUUAUCUCGAUGAAGCUGGAUAGCAAAUCGAAUCGAGGGUCAACACACACACACACGCACGCGAUGUGGAAUAAAGCAAAACCAAGGUUCAUAAUUUAUGUAGAUGUACUUCGUUUUCUUCUUAUUUUCUUUGUAGCGGCUGAUAUUUGUGUCUACCAGACAAGAAGACGAAAUCAUGUAACAAAUUGUACUA